GUAAAAAAGAGCGUCGUAAAGCGCGGCCGUGCGGGGCGGGGAGGCGGCGGAGCGCGAUGGCGGCGCCGGGAGGGCCCGGGGAGCUGCACCCCCGCACCGGGAAGCUCGUGUCGCUGUCGCAGGGCGGGCGGAGCGCGGCUCGGGCUCAGCCGGGGCAGGAGUUCAACCACGGGCUCGUCCUGAGCCGCGACCCGCUCCGGCCCGGCCGCGUCUUCACCGUCCGCAUCGACAGGAAGGUGAACUCCUGGAGCGGCUCCAUCGAAGUUGGGGUGACGGCGCUGGAUCCUGCCGAGCUGGAUUUCCCGAGCAGCGCCACGGGGCUCCGCGGCGGUUCCUGGGUGGUAUCCGGUUGCUCCGUUCUACGCGACGGUCGGUCCCUGCGGGAAGAUUUUGGCCCGGAUUUGGACGCUUUAGGCGAAGGCGAUCGAGUCGGGGUACAGGCGACGCCGAGCGGCGAGCUGCGCCUCUGGGUGAACGGCCGCGAUUGGGGGGUGGCGGCCGCUGGGCUCCCCCCUCGUGUCUGGGCUGUCGUCGAUUUGUACGGAAAAUGCACCCAAGUCACCGUCGUACCCCCAGAAGUGGCCGGACCCCCCCCGGCCCCCCCGCUGCCACCCUUGCCCGCUCCCCUGCCUGCGCUGCCCCCCGCCCCGGCGCCCCCCCAGCCCCGCCCUGACAAGUUCCCAGAGAGCCUUGAACCCCCCGAGGGCCCGUCGUGGGCGUCCGGUGGGACCCCUCUGUCCAACGAGGCGCUGCUCUUCCAUGAGAAGUGUGGAGCGCUCAUCAAGCUGAGCAACGGGCACAAAACGGCCGAGCGCCGCCGCCCCCUCGACGAGUUCAACAACGGCGUCGUCCUCACUAACCGUCCCCUGCGCGACGGCGAGAUGUUCGAGAUCCGCAUCGACAAAUUAGUGGACAAAUGGUCGGGAUCGAUCGAGAUCGGGGUGACGGCGCACAACCCCAACAGCCUCGAGUACCCCGCCACCAUGACCAACCUGCGCUCCGGGACGAUCAUGAUGAGCGGCUGUGGGAUCCUCACCAACGGGAAGGGCACGCGGCGCGAGUACUGCGAGUUCAGCCUCGAUGAGCUGCAGGAAGGUGACCACAUUGGGCUGACGCGCAAACCCAACAACGCUCUCCACUUCUACAUCAACGGCGUUGACCAAGGGGUGGCGACCACGCUGACGCCGCUGGUGGUCUACGGGGUGGUGGACCUCUACGGGAUGGCCGUCAAAGUCACCAUCGUCCACAACCACAACCACAGCGACCGCCUGCGACGCAACAACGCCAUCUUGCGGGCGCUGUCCCCCGAGGGCGGGCGCCGUCCCCCCGCGUCCCCGCAGCCCCCCGGGGUGGCCCCCGCGGCCACGUCCCCCCCCGGCCCUCGGCUCCUCUUCCACCCCAACUGCGGGCAGAAGGCCGCCAUCGUCAACGAGGGCAGAACGGCGCUGCGGCCCCACGCGACGGACGACUUCAACCACGGCGUCGUGCUGAGCGCUCGGGCCCUGCGCGACAAUGAGCUCUUCCAGGUGCGCAUCGACAAGAUGGUGGACAAGUGGGCGGGCUCCAUCGAGAUCGGCGUCACCACCCACAACCCCGCCUACCUCCAGCUGCCCUCCACCAUGACCAACCUGCGCUCGGGCACGUGGAUGAUGACGGGCAAUGGAGUGAUGCACAACGGCACCACCGUCCUGGACGAGUACGGCCACAACCUCGACCGCCUCAAGGCGGGGGACACGGUGGGGGUGGUCCGUAGGGACGAUGGCACCCUCCACUUCUUCGUCAACGGAGCCGCCCAAGGGCCGGCGGCCUGGAACGUCCCUCCCAACGUCUACGCCGUGGUGGACCUCUACGGGCAGGCGGCCCAGGCCACCAUCGUGGAGGAGGGGGAGGUGUCGACGCUGGUGGGUGAGAGCUCGGACGGAGGGGACAGCCCGGGGUCCCCCGAGAGCCCCAGCGGUGGUGGCAGCGACCUCCGGUUCCACCGGCGUCACGGCGCCAACGCCGUCCUCACCAACGGCGGAAGGACCGCCCUCCGCCAGAACUGCCGCUCCGAGUUCAACGACGCCAUCGUCAUCUCCAACCGGGCCCUGCGGGACGGGGAACUCUUUGAGAUCGUCAUCCAGAAGAUGGUGGAUCGCUGGUCGGGCUCCAUCGAGGCUGGUGUCACCGCCAUCCGCCCCGAGGACCUCGAGUUCCCCAACACCAUGACGGACAUCGACUACGACACCUGGAUGCUCAGCGGGACGGCCAUCAUGCAGGACGGGAACACGCUGCGCAAUAACUACGGCUGUGACCUGGACGCGCUGAGCGCGGGGUCGCGCAUCGGAAUGAUGCGGACGGCGCGCGGGGACCUCCGCUACUUCAUCAACGGCAGCGACCAGGGCGUGGCCUGCUCCGGCCUCCCCGACGAGGUCUACGCCGUGGUCGAUCUCUAUGGUCAGUGUGUUCAGGUGUCCCUCACCGGUGCCACCGUCCCCACCGACAACAGCCUCGUCCCCACCGGUGCCACCGAGAAGGCCUGCGACCCCCCCUCGCCCGCGCCCGCCCCGUGCCAGCGGUUCCACAGCUGCUGUGGGCAGAACGUGGCCCUGGGGGCGGAGGGGACGGGCGCCGCGCGCGUCGGCGGUUUCUGCCACGGCCUCGUCUUCAGCCGCGGCCACCUGAGGCCCGGGGAGCGCUUCGAGGUGCGGAUCGAGGCGCUGGACGAGCGCUGGGCGGGUUCGGUGCGGUUGGGGCUGACGGCGUUACCCCCCGGGCAGGGCCCCCCCGGCCCCCCCGCCCUCCCCGCCUCCCUCCUCGACCUCCCCGCGCCCCCGUCCUGGGUGGUGGCGGGGGCCGAGGUGCGCCACAACGGGACCCUCACCCGACACAACUAUGGCGUCUCCCUCGACCGCCUGGCGGUGGGGAACCGCGUGGGCGUGCGCCGGGGGGCGGAUGACGCGAUGCACAUCCUGGUGGACGGUGAGGACAUGGGCCCCGCUGCCACCGGCGUCGCCAAGAACGCCUUCGUGGCCAUCGACCUCUAUGGCCGCGUCACGGCCGUUUCCAUCGUCAGCGCGGGGGGGGGCGAGGGGGGCGGCAGCCCCACCCACAGCCCCUCCCCCACCCACAGCCCCUCCCCCUCCAGCACCCCCCCAGGCCCCCCCUCGUUCCUGGGGGCGCACGGGAAGAACAUUCUCCUCUCCAACGGGAACCGCACGGCCACGCGCGUCUCCAGUUACAAUCAGGGACUGGUGGUGGUGGGACAGCCCCUCCCGCCUGGGCGCCUCUUCCAGUUCCGCCUGGAGGCGUUGGACUCGCGCUGGAGUUCGUCGCUGUCGGUGGGGGUUUUGGGGGUCCCCCCCGGACGGGCGCCGCUCCCCUCCUGCGCCGCCGCCAUCAAACGCUCCGCGUGGCUCCUGCAGCGCCGCGGCGUCUUCCACAACGCCCGCAAGAUCCGCGAGAACUACGGCCCCAACCUGGAGGCGCUGCCGGCGGGGACGCUGCUGGGGGUGAUGGUGGACGGGGGGGGGCGCCUCCACCUCUACGUCAAUGGGGCGGAUCAGGGGGUCGCCGCGGGGGGGGUCCCCACCCCCUGCUACGUCCUCCUCGACCUCUACGGGCAGUGCCAGCAGGUUUCCAUCGUGUCGGAUGAGGACGGGGGGGGCCCCAGUGGGGACCCCCGGGCCCGCGGCGACGUGGAGAAGGCGGAUGUGGUGGAUGGAGUCAAGGAGCGGCGCCGCUGGGUCCCUCCGCCCGCCGGUUCCCCCCCCCAGCCCUGUCCUUACCAGGCGCUGUGCGCCCGCUUCAAGGACCUCCUGCUGCUGCCCGAUGAAUAUUUCGCCCCCGAGCCGCGACGCAGCCUCUGCUUCUGCGAAUCGUGUCAGCAGCGCCGCGGCGAGGAGGGGGGGCGGCGCGGGGAGGGGUCCCGGGAGCCCCCCCUGCCCCUCGGCUGGUGCCGCUUCAGCCUCCGGCCGCGGGGUGAGGGUUCGUGGCAGAAGUGGCCGCGGGCGUUCGGCGGCUGCAGCGUCGGCAGCGUUCGGCGCAGCCUCGACCGCGGGGAGCUCGUCCCAGGCCCCUGCUCGGUGCUGCCCCCCCCGGGGAAGGCGGGGGGGGGUCCCCCCCGAGGCGCCGCCGCCCCCGGUCCCCCCCGGCUCGUGCUGUCGCCCCUCCUGCGCUACGCGGCCCUCGACGCCUUCGCCCCAAAAGUGCCCUUCCGGGACCCUCUCUCGCAGCAGACCCGCGGCGCUCAGGUGGCCUUCGAGGUGUGCGUCCGCCCGGGGUCGUUCCGCGCCGGCGCCCCCUCGUUCCACCCCCCCGAGGGGCUCGACCCCACCGAGCUCGAGUGGGUCACCAAAGAGCCCGGGGCCACCGUGCUCUGCGCGCUGCUGGUCCGCCUCGAAUGAGGGGGGCAGGGACCCCCCCAACAGGGGCACCUCUGGGGCCGGGGUCCCCCCAGGGGGAAGGGGAACCCCCUAAAGAUGGGGUCCCCCUCCCUAAUAUGGGACCUCUGGGGUUGGGGUCCCCCCCAGGGAGAAGGGGAACCUCCCAAGGUUGGGGUCCUCCUCCCUAAUAUGGGACCUCUGGGGUUGGGGUCCCCCCCAGGGAGAAGGGGAACCUCCCAAGGUUGGGGUCCUCCUCCCUAAUAUGGGACCUCUGGGGUUGGGGUCCCCCCCAGGGAAAAGGGGAACCUCCUAAAGAUGGGGUCCCCCCUCCCCAAUAUGGGACCUCUGGGGUUGGGGACCCCCCCAGGGAGAAGGGGAACCCCCUCAAGGAUGGGUUCCCACCCCCGAGGAGAAGGGGACCCCCAGAAAUGGGUCAUCCUCCUCCUAAUAUGGGGACCUCUGGGGUUGGGACCCCCCCAAGGAUGGAGUCCCCCACCCUAAAUGACGACCUCUGGGGUUGGGGACCCCCCCAGGGAGAAGGGGAACCCCCCAAGGAUGG